AGUGCGGAGGGGACUAUAUGUGCGGCGGAUCUGUUUACACCGCACUAGUGCGCGGCGGCGGUGGCUUUUUCGGGUGACACUCGGAGUGACGGAGAAAUUUGAAGCUAAUCUUUCGGUAAAAAAGAGCCGGUGGAGGAGCGACAUGGCGGAGAAUAUCAUUGUUCGCAUCCAGUCACCACAUGGCAUGAAACGGAUUAAUGUGGGGAAGCGAGAAACUGGAGCCCAGUUUUUGAAAAAGGUUGCAAAGGAAUUUGGCUGUUCCAACAAUGGCUUUUCUGUAUAUCUGAACAGAAAUAAAACAGGAGAGAUCUCCCCUACAACGAGUAAAUCACUCUCUUUGCUUAAAAUAAAACAUGGAGACUUGCUGUACCUCUUUCCAUCCAGUGAUGCUGGGACUUCUACUCAGGUCAUGGAAACUUCAACCCAGGCUCAAGGAGGGUCACGAGUUUUAACCCCAUCUUCUGUGAAUGUUGUGGAGGAUGAAAUUGAUCAGUAUUUAAGCAAGCAAGAUGGAAAGAUUUAUAGAAACAGGGACCACCAACAGUGUCGACAUGGUCCUCUUGGUAAAUGUGUUCACUGUGUACCGUUAGAGCCUUUUGAUGAAGACUAUCUCAAUCAUCUAGACCCACCUGUUAAGCACAUGUCUUUUCAUGCAUACAUCCGAAAGCUUACUGGUGGUGCUGAUAAAGGCAAGUUUGUUGCUUUGGAGAAUAUAAGCUGCAAAAUCAAAUCUGGUUGUGAAGGGCAUCCCCCGUGGCCUGAUGGAAUUUGUACAAAGUGCCAACCUAGUGCCAUAACACUCAACAGACAGAAAUACAGGCAUGUGGAUAACAUCAUGUUCGAGAACCACACAAUUGCAGACCGCUUCCUCAACUUUUGGCGUCAAACAGGGAACCAGAGGCUAGGAUUCCUUUAUGGUCGUUAUACUGAACACACAGACAUUCCUCUAGGUAUUCGAGCUGAGGUUGCUGCCAUUUAUGAGCCCCCACAGGUUGGCACAGCAAAUAGCCUAGAACUUCUGGAGGAUCCUAAAGCUGAAGUUGUAGAUGAAAUUGCUGCUAAACUUGGAUUGAGGAAGGUUGGUUGGAUAUUCACAGACCUUCUGUCAGAGGACACAAGGAAAGGCACAGUCAAAUUCAUCAGGAAUAAAGAUGCACAUUUUCUAAGUGCAGAAGAGUGCAUCACAGCAGGAGAUUUCCAGAACAAACAUCCCAAUACUUGCCGACUUUCCCCUGACGGUCAUUUCGGAUCCAAGUUUGUUACUGUCUUGGCAACAGGGGGCCCCGAUAAUCAGGUUCAUUUUGAAGGUUACCAGGUUUCCAAUCAGUGCAUGGCACUAGUGGGCGAUGACUGUUUUCUGCCAUGUCGAGAUGCACCUGAACUGGGAUAUGUAAAGGAGUCUUCUAGUGAACAGUAUGUUCCUGAUGUUUUCUAUAAGGAUAUAGACAAGUUUGGUAACGAAAUUACACAGUUGGCACGGCCACUGCCAGUUGAGUACCUGAUCAUAGAUAUUCCCACAACUUUUCCAAAGGAUCCUGUUUACACCUUUGCUUCAUCUCCACAACCUUUCCCUGUUGUGAACAGAGAUGUUGUAGGAGAAACGCAGGAUUUUCACACUCUGGCCUCCUACUUAGCACAGAAUCAAUCCGCUGUUUUUCUUGAUGUCAUCUCAGAUUUCCACCUGCUUCUGUUCCUGGUUACCAAUGAUGUUAUGUCACUCAGGGAUAGUAUCAACUUGCUGCUGGAAGCAGUGAAAACACGGAAUGAGGAGCUUGCCCAGACCUGGAAGAGAUCAGAACAGUGGGCUACUAUUGAACAGCUCUGCAGUACAGUAGGUAUUCAAGCACCCAGUACUUCAGAAUUCGAUGCAAUGGGAGGAUCCCAGCAGUCUACUCCCACAGCAAUGUGGUCCUGUAGACACUGCACCUUCAUGAACCAACCAGGCACUGACCAAUGUGAAAUGUGCAACCUACCCAGAACCUAACCAGCAGCAAAUGAAAGCCUAAUCUAGCCCUACCUUUUGACCCUUUUCCAAUAUGGUAACAACCAGGACUCUUUGGAUCCAGCAAGGAAAUUCUACAAGUGAAAAUUGUACUCUUGAGAUCUGCCUGGACUUUAUUAAAAGAUAUUAAAAGGAAGCAAUGACUAAAUACAACUUUCACUUAUUUUCUUCCAUAAUUUAAUUGAAAAUAUUAAUUAUUUGUAUAUAUAAAAAAAUUUAAAUGGGUAAAUUAAAAACACUUGUUGUGUUCAUUACAUAAUAUUUGGAGCUGAAGCCUCGGAUCCAGCUUGGCAGGUUUCGGCUAGUGAAAAUUAGAUUCAGCAAAGAUUUCCACUGUAGUGAGUAUUACUGCAAACAUAACUAUUCCAAAAAGAAACAAAACUGAUUUAGCCUUUUACAAUAUUGAGUAUCAAUGGUUGCAGCAGAUUGAAGAUGCAGAGCCAUGAUAUCUACUACUGCAUUAAUUGUUUGCAAGAAUCCAGAUUUUAAAACUUGAAAUUGAUGCUUAUUUAGUUAAUCCAUGACAAUUUGUAUAGCCUUGAAAACAGCACCUCCUCAUGGACAGUCUUAAAACUGUCUUGUAAUUGAAUAUUAACAUUUUAGCACAGAUAAUCAGUGCUUAGAAUUGACAUGGAACUUUAUAAGAAUUUGAGAUACAUUAUUAGUAUUUUAGCUAUUCCUUUCCCCACUCAAAUAUCUGAAAACAAAGUUUUAAAUGUAUUUCAGUGGGUUAUAGAAUGUAGGGCAUAGUCAUUUAUAUAUGGCUAGUAUAUAAUGUACAAAACAUUAGCUUUAAACUAAUGUCAUGUUGCCUAUUGCACUACCAGUAUUAUUCUGUGUUGGUGAACUAUCCCAAGGAAUUUUUGGGAUUUAAUUAAAGGUUUAAACAAAAUCUUCAAAUAUUAUUUGUAACAACUAGUAUUUCGAUUAGAAAUGGUACAGAGAAGUAUCAGGCGUGAAAAUCAUUUGUAUGACUUGUACUUUCAUUUUCAUUCACCAAGGCUGGCUUUAUAAUGACAACCUUCUGGAGGAACUCAGCAGUUUGGGCAGCAUCUGAGCUGAUGCAGGGUUUUGAUGUGAAAAAAUCGACAAUUUCUUUCCUCCCAUGUCUGCUGCUUGACCUGCUGAGUUCCUCUAGCAGAUUUUGUUACUCCAGAUUCCAGCAUCCUUGGUCUCUUUUGUUUCCAACUUGAUGAUAAAUUGGUUGUCUGUGGAGACUGCGGUUCUUUUCAAACUGCUCAAUGAAACAACACUUUAUUUAUUCUUUAAACUGUGAUUUUAAACAGAAUUAAGGAUUUUAAAAAGGUGAAGCUAUUUUAACAAUUGAUCUCACAGCUGCUUUAAUGAUAACCUGACCUAGAAAUGUGGUGAAUGAGAUGCCUUCCUGUUCAUCCUGAUGCUAUGAAUUCAUGUUGGUGCCUAACACCCAGCCUUUAACCACGCUCAGUGGAUUUUGAGAGGAGAUUACAGCCAACCUUUUGAUAUGUACAACAGGUAUCUCCUGAGGAACGAAACUGAUGCCCUACCUCCCACUGACAAUGCAUGGGUGUGUACCUCUCACAGAUGAGAGAAAAAGAAUGGGGGCUUUGUGCCAGAAGGUUAGAAUAACCUUGUGUUGUCAGAUGCACCUUUGUGUAGGAUUGUAUUUCGGGUAACAGAAUAUUUUACCUGACACUUGUAGGAUCAUUUCUUGCCACUUCUUGAUCAAGGUGCCUAACUAAUAUUCAUAAUAUGAUAUUUUUAGAUUUAUUUGCCUCUUGCGUAAAGGCUAACUGGAAGUGAAAUGUGAUCAAAAUGGAUAGAAGCACAAAUAUAAAAACAAAUCCCAAAGUUUGCUGAUUGUUCUGUUAGUUUCAUUGUUCAUGCAGUAUAAUCUGCAAGUUUGUUUGAUUUCCAAGUUAAGGCUUUAUAGAUCUUCCAGAUAGUUGGGAAAUUUGGUGAGAUGACGAAUAGGACUACUGAUUUCUGGACAAGUGAAAUGUUUGCCUAGAAAUAUUAAGAAGUUAGUACGUUUCUGCCAGGCAUGGUGUGAUGUAGCUUAAAAUACAUUAACAUCAAGAUUUAUUGGCUACCUCAAGUUCCACUCUAGUGUUGAUUAGAAUUUCAUUUGUACAUCUCAUUCUUUUGAUUUAGAACAGUGACAAGGGAUGUAAUAUUUGGUGUAUAUUGGCAACAAAAAGCAAUUUUAAAAAUUAAGAUGAGUAUUUGAUUAAAGUUUCUUAAUUUGUAACAUUUGGAUGUAGUGAUAUUUGGGCCAGUGGUUUAUAUAUCCUGAUAUCGGUAAUUUUAAACAAGUGGACUUACAUUUGCUUAUAGGAAUGAAAAAAAACUACAAUAGGAAACUACUAAAAGCAAGAAAGUUAAAAAACCGAACAGUUGGCAGUAGUGUUUUUUUAACCUCAAUUUGUAUGUUUGCCAUGUUCAGAUGUCUUGGGGUAAAAUGUAAGUUUCAGCAUUUCAGUUUCCAUUUAGAAUGAGAGGAUAUAUUUACCAAUGUUAUAAGUAAAUUCCUUUAAGUGAGGCUGACAUGCCUUCUAUAGAAAAGGGAAGUAGAACAUAGGUAGUAACACAUCAGUGCAACCAGAUUUGUCACAUACAUACAGUAGUGUCGCCAUGAUGAUGUGUGGUUCCUGCUCAGAAAUGGAGACUCUCGCCUGAAAGAUACUUGGGUAAAGGUACCUUUCAUUGAGUUAUAAUUUCAACCAAAACUCUGUCAUAACAUCAUCCUCUUCUAAAGCAACUGUUUGCUGAUGAUUUCAUGCAUUUUUUAAAAUUUUCUCAAGUUGCAGCACAGUUGAUAGGAUUUUGGAUUAAGCACAAUUGAAAAGUAAGAUUCCAUUGUACAUUCAUACAUUUACAAAAUUUGCAUUACACCUUAAAUAUUGUAUUAGUCCAGAAAUACAUUGUACAUCUUGCUCUUUCAUAAGAACGGAUUUACUUGCAUAUAAGUAUCUCGGGAAAGUUUCAGAGGCCAUGUUACUUGUCCAUGUUUGUAUUGUGUAUUUCUAUUCAGUGAUAUUUUAUGAAUUAUCCAUUUGAAUAAUUUUAAUUAAAUGAGUGGAGCCUUGAUGCAGUGGGGGAAAUCGAUCCAUAUUAAUGGACUCAAACUGAUCUGCAUCAUAAGGAAUAGAUAACACAUCUCAAUAUAUAACAAUUGUGGUAAAUCAUGCAAAACUGUUAACAGUUUUGCAAUACCAUCAUUUGCAGGAUUGCAAGCUUAACUAUUGCAUUGGAAUCUACAAUUAAUUCACUUUCCAACCAGUUUUACCAUAGUUUUUGUUCCAGUCCUAUUGCUCUUUGUUUCUCAUUUUCACCAUGGUUUCUUGUGGCAUUUUCCUUGCCCCAUCUCUGAAAAAUACUUAAGCUGCUUCGACUUGACAGUUGUAUUGGUAUUGCCACCAUCUCUGUCAUUGUGAUUAAUAAAUUAAACAUGACUUGCGUAAUUGCGUAGGUGCUUGCACAGAUCCCAGUGGAGGUUUAACUACUUAUUUCCGUGAUGUCCUUGAUCCAAACAUAUCCAAAGAAAACUCUUGCCAGGAAUAUGGGUCUUGAAAGUGUAUGUAUGGAUAGAUUGGAUUUGAAUGUCCAGUUAAAUAUGUUAUAAUUUGUCCUCAUCUCCUGAAGGAUAAUCCAUCACCCAAAGGCAAGAACUUUCACUACAAGAAGUGGCUAUCUGGCAUUAAUCCUCUUAAAAACAACACUUCAGAGUGCAACUGGCUGCUUCAGAGCAACUUCAACAGAGUUGGAGUGGAGAGUGUUGGACAAUUAAAAUUUUUGAGAUGCACAAUAAAGCUUAACAGAUUGUCUCCUAAUAUAGUCUGAAGCAUAAAAACCUGUGAAGUUGGACAUUGAAAUUCUCAAUUUUGCAACAUUAACUUUAUUCCAGGUAUAUUUAAGCUGUCAUCUAAAAUUGUGACUUCUGCAGUGGUUGAAUGGAAAUAAUAAUAAACCAUAAAUU